AUGGACAGCACCGGCGAUAAUCUCUCCGAGAUCAGCCGCUCGAAACAGACCCCGCCGUCCGCGCAAGAGCCAAGGGGCUGGCGGAGCGACAGUAUCGAGCAGACGACUGAGCCUGGGCGGGAGAAGGACACAGUUGGCCCUGAUGAUGGGGGCAGGCAAGGAACAGAGAGCGCGGACCCCGAAAAUGUCAAGGCUGCGAGCACUCUGGAUGAGGCGGGAGGUGACUACGACGUCCGCAAGGAAAACCACUUUGGCCUGGUUCUGUGUGUCUUUGCGUCGGUGCUGCAGGAAAUCUUCUACUUCAAGCCCCAAAUCAUAUUAGUGUCCGUGGUGUUUCUCACCGUCGUCGGCUACGUCCUCGCUCUGCCAUUCCAGCUAGUCCCCCGGCUGGACGGCGACGGCUUCGCAGCUCGGGCUUGUCGCUUCCUGAACCCAGCCGACUUCAACUCCAAGGAGCACACCUUCGUGGUCAUCAUGGGAUCGGCAGGCUCGACCUCGGCGGUGGCAACGCAGAUCCUCGCAGCCCAGCGCCUGUACUACGGAUCGAGCCCCGGCAAAGGGGCCGCCAUCUUUCUCGUCAUCGCGUCCCAGUUCCUGUCGUACGGAAUCGCGGGCCUGCUUCGCCCGGUCCUGGUGCGGCCGGCCAAGAUGCUGUGGCCGGUCAACAUCCCCGUCAACACGCUCCUGGAAACGCUGCACCGGGACCGCGGCGAGACGCGCAAGCGACUGCGUUGCUUCACGGCCAUCUUCGGCGGCGCCUUUCUUUGGGAGGCUGUUCCGCUGUGGAUUGCGCCCAUCUUCCAGGGCAUCGCGAUCCCGUGCCUCGCGCGCCGGGACAGCCUCCUCUUCACCAACCUGUUCGGGGGGGCGCAGAACAACGAGGGUCUCGGACUCCUCGGCCUCUGCUUCGACUGGAACUACAUUGCCGGCCUGAGCUCGCCGCUGUGGUACCCGUUGCACACGCUCGUCAACAGCGCGGUGGGAUACUUGCUCUGCGUUGUCCUGUUCAUGGGCGUCUACUACGGAAACGUCUGGGAGUCCAUCAACUUUCCCUUUCUGUCGCAGCUGCUCUACCACGGCUCGUCAAACGCGACCAACUUUGUCCAGUACAACCUCAGCGCCGUUCUGAACCCGGACAGGACCAUCAACGGCACGCUGGCUGCCGACCAGGGGCUUCCCUACCUGUCGGGAUCGUACGUGAUCCGCCUCAUCACGACCAACGUGGGCGUCACCGCUGCCAUGGUGCACCUGCUGCUGUGGAACUACGACGACCUCAAGGACGGCUGGGCGUUCCUCCGGCCGUCUCGCCUGAGAAGCAUCUUCAGCGUGUCGACGUACCUGGCCCGGCCGGGACACGACUCCGGGAGCGAAGCGGCGAGGCGACGACGAGUGAUUGGCGACAGGGAGACGGAUCCGCACUACAGGCUGAUGAUGCAGAACGGCUACACGGAGGUGCCCGACUGGUGGUACGGGCUCGUCCUCGUGCUCUCCCUUGUGAUUGGCAUCGUCACGCUCUACAAGGUCGGCUCGACGCUGCCGUGGUGGGCCUUCAUCGUGGCCAACCUGUUCGCCGCCCUCUUCAUCCUCUUUUUCGGCGCGCAAAUGGGCCUGACGGGGUUCCAGUUCGACCAGCAGCCCGUCAUCCUGAUGCUGGGCGGCUACCUGCUGCCCCGGAAGCCGCUCGCAAACAUGUACUUUGCCGUCUUUGGCUUCAACGGCAUCCAGCAGGGCCAGUGGCUCCUGAGGGACCUCAAGCUCGCCCAGUUCUCCCACCUGCCGCCCAGGGCGACGUUUACGGCGCAAAUGCUGGGCACAGUCGUGGGCGCCGUCAUGGACUACGUCAUCAUGGUCAGCAUCGUGGACAACCAGGCGCCGGCGCUCCUGUCCACCAACGGCACCAACGUCUGGUCCGGCCAGAACGUGCAGGCGUACAGCACUCUCGCCGUGGCGUGGUCCAUGGCAAAGGACAUGUUCUCGGUGGGAAGCCGCUAUCAAUGGGUCACCCUCUCGUACCUGCUCGGAUUCCUGGCGCCUGUUCCGUUCUGGCUGGCGUGGAAGUCUACCAGGCGUGCCGUGUUUCGUGCCGUGGACACGUCCAUAGUCGUCUGGAACUGCGCGCUGCUCUAUGUGGGCGUCAACUCGUCUCUGCUCAUGUACUUUGGCCUCGGCAUCUUUGCUCAAUGGUAUCUCCGCCGCCUCCACCCGGCCGCCUUCAUCAAGUACAACUACCUGCUCUCUGCGGCGCUGGACGGCGGCACCCAGGUCAUGGUCUUUCUGCUCAGCUUUGCUGUCCUGGGUGCCGGUGGCCGCGAAUAUAAAUUUCCCACUUAUGCGCUCAACAACGGAGGCACCAACAACAACGUCAACAUUGACUACUGUAUGUUCAAUGGCGCCUCAGCGAAUUAG